AUGGUGGACGAAACAGGAUGGAACACGAGUUGCGAAUCGUGUAAAAAAAAAGGAAGCACAGCCAAGAAAGGAUUGGUGGUGCAACCAAUCAUAUCUACUGAGAUGAAUUCUCGCUGUCAGAUAGACCUAAUUGAUAUGCAAGCACAAUCCGAUGACAACGGUCGAGAAUUUGCAAAUCAGGUUGUAACUGAAAUAUGUGCAAUGUGGCCAGAACUUAAAAUAGUUCAUGGUAAACCUCGUCACUCACAAAGUCAAGGUUCAGUCGAACGAGCUAACCAGGACAUUGAAAAUAUUCUUGCUACUUGGUUGCAAGACAACCGUACUAAAAAAUGGAGAAUAAAAUGUUCACCUUAUGAAGCUAUGUUUGGUACAAAAGCUAAAAUUGGAUUAAAAAGUACACUUCUGCCAAUAAAUAUUAUUAGUAAUUUAAGAACUCAAGAAGACCUCGAAAAAGCUCUGAAUUCUAUUUCUACUGUAUCAAACAGUAAUAACGACAUCGAAAACAAAGAAGCUGUACCUUUAAGAAUAAAAGCUAUUCGUGAAAAUAGAACCGAAUCACUUAAAAAUUUGAAAGUUCAAGCUAUAAAAAUGAUGCAAGCUUCUGAAAAUCGUUUUUGUCAGUUUGUUGAAGUUGGUCAGUCAGUAACGGUUAAAAUUCCAGACGUAGAUAGGGCCCGUAGUGAUUUUAGAAACAUUAUUGGAGUUAUUCUUUUAGGUACUUAA